CAUGCCCUUCGCUAUGGUUUGCCUGAGCGUAGUGUACACUCCGCGGCGGUGAAAGUUUUUCGAAACUAUAAUACCGAAUAUUGUUUGCUAUUUUUUUUUAUGCAUACAAUCUGACCAAUGCAAAUAUUGUUUUGAUUCGGUUAAACGUGUUUUUCCAAAAUAUAGUUACCGUGCGAUUUUUUUUAAAGUCGCUCUUUUCCACCGAAGUGUAACAAAAUUUAAAUACACAUUUUUAUUUACAUAGAUAAACCCACUUCGAAUUCGCACACGGCUGUUGUAGGCUAUUAUUUAGUAUUAUUUUGUGUUUGACGUUUUUGUGUGAUUUAAAAAAACGCGUAUUUCGGCUUCGUUCGUUUGUUUCCCUACGUUUGUUUGUGUAUAUCUAAUUAUUCUGCGUCGAGGGAUCAGGGAGUAUCACGUUGGAAUCAUAUAGGGACGUCAAUGAGCUGCUGAAAUGGCCUGCGCGACCACUAUGAAUCCGUAUUUCAUGGAAGUCUGGAAGUGUCGGCUGAGGUUGAAAAAGUUGGCCGAGACCGCUUCGUCCACGUUGACCUGAGGUCGUACUUAGCCUCUGCCGUCAACCGCACCACUUUAUCGUAUAAAAGACAAUGGUGUCGUUCGCUAAGCUGUUAGUGGUCGCGUUUUCUUUGACGGCGGUAUGGUCGACCACCGCUUCGGCUGUGGUAAACUUUAUGCAAACCUGUGAAUCGCCCGUCCGAUGCCGUUGCGAUAGCCGCGAACCCACCGAGGUGUCCUGCAGGAAUUCAGGAUUGAUCGUGGUUCCAGAUGACGUGCCUGCCAAUAUCACUAAACUAGACGUGGCCAGCAAUAACAUCACGGACAUAGACGAAAAAGCGUUUGCUCAGUUGACACUGUUGGAAGAUUUAGUGAUAGGUGACAACCAUAUCAAAUGGAUACACCCCGAAGCGUUCCUAAACAACACCCGCUUAAAAAGGCUAUCGCUCCAGAAAUGUCAACUUGUCCGAGCGCCGUGCGAAACAUUCCAGCAUUGCAGGCAACUGGCGACCCUGCAAUUAGAUCAAAACCAAUUGACUGAAAUCGAUGACCGGUGCUUCGACCAGCUGUCCCAGUUGCGGAAUCUCCGGCUGGAAAACAACAAACUCACAAAAGUUCCUAAACAAGCGUUAAGCCUAGUCCCCACCUUAGAAGCAUUAAACUUGGGAAGUAAUUCUAUUGUAGAUAUAGCAAACGAUUCGUUUUCAUCGUUACCCAACCUGGUCAUAUUGCUACUUAAAAGAAAUCAAAUCAGAUUCGUGGACGAAUCGGCGUUUGAGAGCCUAACGUCGUUGAGAGUUCUUGAACUCGAUGACAAUCAGUUGGAUACGAUCCCGACCGCUAUAGUCAAGUUAACGUCUCUACAGGAACUGUCACUGUCCGGCAACAACAUCAAGUACAUACCCGACGGUGUGCUGCAAAGGUCUCAGGGAUUAGCGUUGCUCGAGCUAAAGGGCAACCCAUUAAUAGGCGUGCACCCGUACGCUUUUGCUUCACUGCCGAAACUAAGAAAACUAGUCCUGUCCGAAGCUCGGGACCUCACGGAAUUCCCAAAUCUCAACGGGACGUCGGCGCUCGAAGUGCUCAGGAUCGACAGAGCCAGUAUUUAUUCCAUACCCGACUCCCUGUGCUUCACGUGCCCGAAACUCAAAAGCCUCGAUAUCAAAUGGAACAGACUAGCCAGGAUACCGAAUCUGAAUAAAUGUAGAGACCUUAGAUUGCUAGACUUGGCCAACAACCACAUCAGUUCGCUGGAGGGGUCGUUGUUCCGAAACCUGACGCAUCUCCACGACUUACUGCUCAGCUACAACUACAUCACUUCGGUACCUCAGGACGCGUUCCAAGGUUUAGUCCAACUGAAAGUCUUAGAUUUGGAAUCGAACAAAAUCGACCGGAUCGACGAAGAGACGUUCUUGUCGUUUAGCCAUCUGGAAGACUUGAACGUGGGCAAAAACGUAUUCGAACACUUGCCCACCAAAGGCCUGGAGAGACUUUUGCACUUGAAAACGUUCAACAACCCAAAUCUUAAGCAGUUUCCGGCGCCCGAAAAGUUCCCGAGAAUCCAAUCGCUGGUGUUGUCUUACGCUUACCAUUGCUGUUCGUUUUUACCCGUAGAUCCGACCGACGACGAGCAAGUCACCGGCGGCAGUCACUCAAGUCUGCACGAGUCGGUCAUUUUUCCGGCCAACGAAAACGACUUCGACAUGUCUCUCUGGAACUCCAGCAUGUCCGACAUAUGGCCCCAACUGCAAAAUUUAAGUAAAAAAUUCGGCACACAAGUCAACGACCUGUGGGACACGUUCGGUACGGACUUCACGUACCCGGGAAACUUACCGUCGUACAUGGAGGAGUACUUCGAAGAACAACAACUGGAAGGUCGGUUGAACGAAGGUGUUUCGUCCAAAAUCAAAUGUCUUCCACUACCGGGACCGUUUUUACCAUGCCAAGAUCUGUUCGAUUGGUGGACGCUUCGAUGCGGGGUGUGGGUGGUGUUCCUGUUGGCCAUGUUGGGCAACGGUACGGUCGUAUUUGUAUUAAUAUUCGCCAGAAGUAAAAUCGACGUACCAAGGUUCCUCGUCUGCAACUUAGCGGCGGCCGACUUCUUUAUGGGACUAUACUUAGGAAUAUUGGCCGUAGUGGACGCCGGUACGUUAGGCGAGUUCAAAGCGUACGCCAUUCCGUGGCAGAUGUCGGUCGGCUGUCAAUUGGCCGGCGUAUUGGCUGUUCUCAGUUCCGAACUGUCCGUGUAUACGUUGGCGGUGAUCACGCUGGAACGCAACUACGCCAUCACGCACGCCAUGCACCUGAACAAGCGGCUUUCGCUGAAGCACGCGUCGUACAUAAUGCUGUGUGGUUGGAUAUUCGCCGGCGUGAUGGCCGCUAUGCCGCUGUUCGGCGUGUCCGAUUAUCGCAAGUACGCCACUUGUCUGCCGUUCGAGACUACGACCAGCACGUGGAGCCUGGUGUACGUGGUGUUCCUGAUGUUCAUUAAUGGCGUAGCGUUCUUCAUACUAAUGGGUUGCUAUCUGAAGAUGUACUGUGCCAUCAGGGGCUCGCAGGCUUGGAACUCGAACGACUCGCGUAUAGCCAAACGAAUGGCGCUGUUAGUGUUUACCGACCUGUUGUGCUGGGCCCCCAUAGCGUUUGUAUCGCUCACCGCCAUAGGCGGAUACAACCUGGUCUCUCUUGAACAGGCCAAAGUGUUCACCGUGUUCGUGCUGCCCUUGAACUCUUGCUGCAACCCGUUUUUGUACGCCAUACUAACGAAACAGUUCAAGAAGGACUGCGUGAUGAUAUGCAAGGCCAUCGAAGAAUCCCGGGUUACCAGGGGCAUCGGCCGGUGCCGGCACAGUUCCAACUUUAGCAACCGGCAGACGCCUGCCAAUACUAACAGUCUUGUGGACAGGUCGUCUCGGGACAACUACCCGCACCCACCGUGUAGCUGCAACGUCAAGCUGCUCGACGACAAGUCAGUGAAGGCCGAACAGACGUUCUACAAUUGGGUGUCGAUCAAGUUCCGGCGGCUUAUGGCGUGCGCGAAUCGGCGACAGGCCGAAUCCGGUCGGCAGUACAUGCGCAGCGACCGGUACGCCUAUCAGAUAGCCGAGAUCCAGCAAAAGCAACACAAGCGCGCCUCGUCCAUGUCGUCCAGCGAAAACUUCAGCUCGUCCCGGUCCGACUCGUGGCGGCAGCAUCAUCAUCACCAUCAUCAUCACCACUGCGGCGGCGUGCCCCUCCGGUUGUUGGACCCCAAACAACGGCGGGCCAGUUCUUGGAUAGUGACCCGGAAAACGUCACAGGACUCGAAUUUGUCAAGUUCGCGAAACGACAGUUCCGGGUCGGCUAACACGGCCAGCACGAGCGUGAGCACCAGAGCUUCGAGGAGCAGCGUGGGCGGUGGUAGCGAACACCAUCACUACGGUCAUCACCAAAACAGCAAGCAAAAGCCGCGGCUCACCAGACAGACGGCCGUGUUGGACGAUCCCAUGUUGGCCGCAGCCGAGUUGCUCGUGGCCGGCGGCGUGGCCCCUCGCGGCAGAAGCUGUUCGCCACCCGGCAAGUUGACCGUUCGGUUUCUGGCCACCAUACCGUCGGCCGCCGAGACCAGCGUGUACAGGGACGACACGGACAUCGAGGACGAUGCACAUCUGCACCAGGACGACGACGAUGGCCACGGCGGCAACACCUGUGAGAACGACGCCGUUCAAACGACACCAGAAAAUAUGUCACCAAUCACCUCAAACAGCGAGCGGAUGGUGUCACCCUCAGGCUCCAAACCCACGUCCCCCUAACGUCCAGACUUGGACAGUUGUUUUCUUUUCGAAUCGAAUGCAAACGUGUGAUACGACUUAAGUGUGAUAAUACAUAGAACAGUGGUUAUUAUACAGAUUAUGCGACUAAGCGAAAUACCAUAACGAUUAAACGAAUUUGUCUUGAGUCUUAUUUGUAUUGACGUUGGCCGAAUACAGUGAGGAACCUUGUAGAAAUGACAUAUUGUGACGACUUCUGCAGGGUUCCUCACUACGUAUUACAAUAGUGCAGUUACUUUGUUACAAAACGCCAAUAGCGUUUUUUCUUAACGUGUUUUUAUCGGCCAAAACGAUGUCACGUAAUACAAUGUUUGUUUUCUUCACCAUUUUGUCAAUUUUGAAACAUCAAACUGUAUGCAAAUCUAUCAGCAAAACAGUGCACGCGUGACACAUUUCGUAUAGUGUAUAGACCGUCUUUACUGUGUAUACUUACAAAUUGAUAUAAUACAUAAUAAUAAUAAAUAAUAUAAUUGAUAUAAUAAUUACUAUAAUAUGUUGUGGAUUAAUAGAUAUAAUUAUUAUUGUUGCAUUGUAACAAUUUCGUGUAGUACUGACAUGUUGUAACAUGUCAAUUUUGUUUCAUACGGACGGUUGAUACAUACAAACUACGUGUAUACCUAUCUAUUGAUUAAUUAAUACCUUCUAUAUAACAUUAUUAUUAUUAUUAUUAUAAACAUAAAUACAUAAUAAUCCUUCUUAUUCUAUUAAAACAAUUUCUCUCUCACAUUUAUAAUAAAGUUUCUGUAAAAAUGUUUUUUUUUUAAAUUUUAUAUUACGUUACAGUCGCGCAAUCGACGGCCCUUUUCGGUUUGGCUUGACCAUUUUUUCACCGAAUAGUCGAUGUUAAUAAUUUAUAUAAAUAUAUAAAAUAAAAUUAUUAUUAUUAUUACUACGAUAUAAUAUAAUGUAUUACAAUAAUUAAUCGAUUAGCAGCUCGAGCCAAGACAAUACUCUAUAUAAUAAAUAGCAAAGUAACUAAAAAGGCUGUGUAUUAGUACAAGAAAUGACGGUAUCAUAAGUAUUAUAUUGAUAUAAUUCAUAAUAAUAUGUAUAAUUAUUUGAAAUAUUUUACAUACGUGUGUAUAUUAUAUUACAGUGAAGAGCAUAGUUUAUAUAAACAUAUAAUAAUUAAUAUAUUAUUAUGAUCGUGUCAUAUAAUAGUUUUUAUUACUUAACGUUAAGUUCGCGUUUAAAUAUUAUUACAUUAUUAAAAUUUAUAUACAAAUAAUAUUUAUACUUAUUAUUAUAUUGUACGUUAUAUUAUAGGUUUAUUAAUUAAUUCUAUACGUACGGAUAUGCCUCGAGAGUAAACACCAAAGCAAUUUUCGGCCAAAACCAAAAAUUUCAUUGUUUGGAAAAGCCAUUGUCGUUAAACUUACUGCCAUAAAAAUUAUCAACCGACCGUGUAAAAUAAUUUUCUGACGGCUAUUAUAAAGUGAUAUUCGUAUUUCUAAUGCUGAAAUAGUUAGCAAUAUAUGGGCCUUUAUGUUAAUUGCUUUGCUGAAACUUACUUUACUACAAAAACCCGCAUGUCCGUAUCUGUUCCUGUUUUUGUGUCGUUUUUAUUUCGUUAGUUAUUAAAUACUAUUAUAAUUUUUGUACAUUUUAUUACUAUAAUAAAAUACUAUAUGUCAUAAUAUUAUAAUAAUGUUACAAUAAACUAUUAUUGGUGAUAUUAAUAAUAAAAUAUGAA